AAAGCUAGGUAUAGUCCGAAACAAGUCACCAUGCAGUUCUCCACUUUCCUGAUGGCCAUCUUUGUGGUUGCUACGCUGAUGUUGUUCAGCGCUCCAGCAACUGAAGCCACUUUCCUUCUCAUCGCUUGCAUGCUGCGGUCACCAUUGUGCCCAUGGGUCACCACAGCUGCAGGCAAUACCGCUGGCGGUUGAUACUUGAUACGAUACCUAACACAUGUACCUUAACUAAAUAAAACUAUUUUUUGUUGCAUUA